UAUGUGAGACCCGAGAUCGGCGAUCAGUCUGUGUUGUGCAUUGCGAUCGAGCGCCUCAUGAUCGACUUGCUCGGGAUCGAAAGUGGGAUUCUUGUGUUCAGUGAGUGCAGACAAUCUGAGAAUCAGGACAAUUUAGUGUGAUUCCUUGUGGAUAAAGUAUGAUCGUCAGUGUGAGGAACCACUGAAAACCUCCCCCAGAAAGCAACUGAUCUCGAACUUCUUCCGCUCAGGAGUGCCUUUGAGAAAUGGAUCCAGACAACCAAGGGCAGCAGUAUGGCGAGGUGAACCAACUCGGCGGCGUCUUCGUGAACGGACGCCCGCUUCCCAAUGGCACGCGGAUGAGGAUCGUCGAGCUGGCGCGUCUGGGCAUUCGUCCGUGUGAUAUUUCGCGCCAACUGCGCGUGAGCCAUGGCUGCGUCUCCAAGAUCCUGGCGCGCUACCACGAGACGGGCUCCAUCCUGCCCGGCGCCAUCGGGGGCUCCAAGCCCCGUGUCACCACGCCAAAGGUGGUCAACUACAUUCGCGAGCUGAAACAGAAGGAUCCCGGCAUCUUCGCGUGGGAGAUUCGGGACCGGCUGCUAUCCGAGGGCGUGUGCGACAAGAACAACGUGCCGAGCGUGAGCUCGAUAUCGCGGAUCCUGAGGAACAAAUUGGGCAACUUGGCGGCUCAUCACACAGGAGCGCCGACGGGCUCUCCGGCCCAUCAUCCACACCUGUACAACUCCAUCUAUCCGUCGUAUGCGGCGUACGGGGGCGCUACGCUGAAGGGGGGCGGAGCCACGCCGAUGUGCGGCAGUCCUUCGCCCCCGCAAACUGCCACGGCGCUCCGCGCGGGUCACUGCUGGCCCUCCUCGCACUCCGUCACGGACAUCCUGGCCGGCGUGCACCAUCAGGCGGCCGUGGCGGCGCUCAGGACGGCGGGGCCCUGCGCCGGAGGCCCCGUGCCCUCGCCCACGAGCCUGCCCACCACCCACAUGACCGACCACAGCAGCCAGAGCUCCUACAACUACUACAUGUACAUCCAGAACAGCGGCGUGCACCAGCCUGUGGACUGCAAGUACGUGUGAGCGCCGUCGCGGGGCCCAAGGAGUGAUUGGACAAGAGUAUUUUCGAGCUUAUCUCGCUGCAAUUCUUAUCUUUUAGUGCGCGCAAACAGUAGAACGUCUAAGCAAAGAUACAAAGGUUCUUGAUUUUGUAAGUUAGUUAAGGAGGAACAUGUGCAGGCAAGCAUUGCGGAGAAUAGAAGUGUAAUUUAAAUGGUUUUAUUUAAUUAAAGACAUAAGCAGAAAGUGUCAGAGGAGAACAUCUCUUGUGCGUGUGGUCAAAUUUCAAAGGAUCCACCCAAAAGUAACGAUGAGAAGGAUCGUGAAAGCUGACCAGGAACAUGUGUUGAGAUAUGCACUGCAAUUCGACACGGAUAUUACCAUUUCAGUGCCUUCGAUGAACACACACCGCGUUUUCUGUCAACUCCUGCGCUUCCUUAUCGCUCACACCGCGCAUUCUCGACCUGCCAAUUCGUCAGUCAUCGUGAAUUCAUGCUUGUUUUCGUUAUCUUGCAUUGAGACGGAUUUCUUGGGCACACACAAGACGGCAUUGGAAGUUCUAAAAAUGCCCCGCGCGACAUGUGUAGAAGCUGCAGAAGCGUGUGAAAGAAGAUCAAAGGCAGAGAUGAGAACGAGGCAAACGCCACAUUUUGCCA